AUGUUUUCCUUUCUUGAGGGAAGUCAACACCACAAGUAUCUGAGAAUGAAAGAAAAAAUACACUUGCAAGUUCAGGAUGUGGCGUUUCUCCAAAAAAGGUUUCUAGAAGCUUCGUUUAAAAAAUUGGACCUCCAUCUCCCCAAUGAAUCCGAAAGUAAAAGAGACCCCUUGAAAGAGCAAGUUCGAGAACUUCUGUCUGAGUUUGUUGACGACUUGUUCGAACUAAACAAAGACAAUCUGCUCAUUGACGAUUUGCAUUCUUCUACGAUCAAAGAGGCUCUUAAAAGCAUCAGGAAGGAAAAACAGGAACCUUUUGACGACGUAUUGAACCAACGGUUACGGAAAACGUAUAAUGAGUUAGAGGAACAAACUGUAAAAGUCAGCCAACUACGCAAGACAUAUCCGAUCCUUGCCAAACAAAAAGUGAAACAAUAUGCGAUGCCAGAUCAGCUAAAUUCAAUCAUUCAGGAUACUGUUAUCGAAGAUGGAGACGAUCAGGAUGAUACGGAAGACAAAGGAACAGUGUCAAUUCCCGACCAGUCUACAAAUGUUGAACAAUUUGAGACUUCACUUUUGGAGCUCUCCAUGCUGAAAGAAACAAUAGGUGAAACCAGCCAGAAAUGUCGCAAAUUGGAGCAGCUAAUUGACGUCUUGGGAAACCGCCACAAAUUAGAGUAG